AUGAUUUUUCCAAUAACCCAAUCUCCCCUAAAUUUAUCUAUCUAUCUAUCUAUCUAUCUAUCUAGUCAAGAUAUAUCUAUCUAUCUAUCUAUCUAUCUAUCUAUCUAUCUAGCCUCGCAGUCACAAGAGGAGCGUUCCAACUGCUUAGCUGGGAAAGCUGCCUACAGGGCUUCGUUGGAAUCAAGGCUCAAGAAUGCACAACGGUCAAGAAUGAACGCACAGGCUGCAGCAAUCGCCUCCGUAUCUCGGGCUUCCGAGACUCAUCAUCAAAGGAUUCUUCGUAACGUAAGAAACGCUGCUGCCACUGCGAAAUCAAAGGCAAUAGAGACACUUGACAGCAGGCGCGCCCGUCAAUCCAGGGACGCUGCUGCAACAGCGACCAAUAUGACUGCUUUCAACGGCUGCUGCAAACAUGGCCGCUGUGCGCUUAUCCCAAACUCCCCAAGCUCGCCGCAUAUGCCUCGAUGGCGACAUUCAGCGCCUUGCGGUCGUCCGUGA